AUGUGGAGAGACAAUUGCGAACAAUUCGAAGAAGAUAUGCCCGCUAUCGAUGUUGUCGUAGAGCAGGUGUGGAAGCCAACAUUAGAACGAUAUGAAGACUUUGUACACAAACUUAAGACGGGUGAAAUCGAAUUCAAGUUGGUUGAGCAACUCAUUGGAAAGAAAUGUGGAAAAGACACAAAGCUCCUGCAUGACGAGCUCAAGUACCUAGGAUUAGAAGAAAGAAUGAUUAACGAAAGAAUUAUUCAGAUUGAAAAGCACGGGCAAGUCAAACAUUGUGUCUACUUUGCCAAAGUCAUAAUUGCUCUGCAGGAAGCAUUUGAUCUACAAGGAAACUUUCAACCAAUCAGAAAAAUUACAGAGCACAACUUAAAGGCGACUAGAAUUAACGAUUUUGAUGAACAAUUAGUUGAAGCGUGUGCGAUUCUGCAUCAAGUAACAGCAGAGCAAAGUUUCUGCAUGGAGAACUAUUUAAGAAGCAAAGAUCUUGUUUCUUGGAUAAGGAACUCAACAAAAGAAUCCGGACCAAAGGAACUCAAGGUAUUCAUUGAACUGGCACUUAUUACAGCUGGUGAAAACCAAAUGAACGUAAAGAAAGUCCAGUGCCUGCAAGAUGCUGUUGACGGAUAUGCAAGUCUGAUAUUUGAUCUGAAAACGAAUGAUGGGUAUACGGAAUUGCUUGAAAAAUGUGCACUUGUGUGGAAAAUUCUCAAACAGAGACCUGAACUUCCUGAGAAAAUUCUUGACUCAAAUCGACAGGGUCGAAAGUCGGAUAAAGAGGGUAUAGUAGAAAUAAUGCGCGAGAUUGCGAGGUUUCUCGAAUCAUGUCUUGAAGAUUGGCAGAAACACAUCAAAGAUCGAAGAAAUGAGUUUCCACUGCUGAACUUCUUCACAACAGACCAACUUGUUUUUUUACAAAAGGAACUUAUUAAGUUUGAGACAAACGCUGAUCCGUCUGUUUUUGUUUAUCCCGUGCUAUCUGUUUUGAAGGAACACUGUACGAAAGAUGAUAUCAUUGACUCUAUGACAAAGGCGAAACGAAAGGUGCUGGAAAUUGCUGAGGAACAAAAAGCAGAAAAAGAAAGGUUAUUGGCAAAUAAAAGUCAAAGCGAAAUAGAUGCUCAGAAGAGAUUGGAAUUUCUCAAGAAACUUGACGAAAUGUGCAUAGAAGUGGAUUUAGCUGAAAGAUCUCUGGCACACGUCAGCAAUGAGGACAUUGUAAAUGCAGACAUUACUAACGCAAUGAUGUGGUGUAUGGAAGAGCGAGAAAGGAUCACAGACUUUCAGAAAGGAAAUGACACGGGUUCUCUGAAAACAACAUUUUUGCACUCUGGUAGUUCAUUAAUGGCGUCCAUAAAUGAAAAACUAUCUCAUGCAAGAGAUAAAAGAGAAACUGGAUCGGCCCCACUGAUUAACAGCCUCGAAGACCUGUGGACACAUUUCCUUGGUUCAAUCUCAUCAAGCAUUAAAGAUUUUCUAAGCCUUGAUCACCUUGGAAUAGUCUUGAAAAAUCUUCAAAUAAAAGAUGAAAGGAACGUACGGAGAUCUUUUACACCUAAUCUGAGAGAAGGAGAACCAAACUUAUUUGUUUGCCAAGAAGAUGAGGUGUUGCAGACGUGUUUGUCACUUUAUAAACACAAUGACGAUCAACCGCUGCCGCUUUCUGAUGAAGUGUUACAAUGCUCUUCUCAAACUUCCACUGACGAGAUGGACAUAUUUCUCCGCCGUGUUUUUAGUGGUGACGAUCAGAAAAUACAUUGUCUCGUAAAUGUUGAGAAACUGAACUAUGAUGUUGCUGAAUUAGCGGAACAAUAUGUCGAAAAACAUCUAGACGAACAAGGGCGAGAGGACAAAGGUUUCUACAAAUUCGUUGUCAUAUGUGCAUCUGGAAGUGAAUACCGAUCAAACUUAGUAUCUUCACUUGGGAAGUAUACAAGAACUAGAGAUGCGGUGGAUAUAUCGUCAUUACAAGACUAUCUAUUGACAAAACUCGAAAAUGAUGAAUUGCAAGACUUUGAUCCUGCGGCUGCUUUGCAUCGUCAUAGAUCAACUGUGUGGGUGGUUAAAUCAACCAGAGCUGGCAUGGGAAAGUCUCUGUAUGCCGAGAGACUUACUUCACAAUUAGCAACUCUGAAAAAGCGCAGUGACACAGACUCUAGGAGAAUAACAAUUCCUUUGCAAGAGAAGGCAGUUAACAGCUUUGCAAUAUCAGAACAAUUGCUCCAGAAUACAACAUGUCCUGAAAGAAGCACAACUAAUAUUUUCCAUUUGGAUGUUUACCCUGAGUCUUCUAAUACUGAACUGCCUAACAAAUCGGAAAGGCUUAGUAUGGCGCCGUUCUCUGAACGAUCUAUAUUUGAUAGAAUCGUUGCCAUCUCUACGCAAAGUAUUGGAUUCGGAUGGGAAUGCUAUCAGCAAUCAGAUCUUCUCUUCGAUAAGGAAAAGUUUCAUAGUGAGGUGUUUCAACGCCCCUAUCGCUAUUUGAGUAAAUUGGACAAUAAAGAAAAUAUUGCGUUUGGUGGUGGCUGCUCGAUCAUGGCGACAGGGUUAUACGAAGAUACAUGCAAAGAAAGACAAAAAUGCUUAGAAACACUGAUCAGACACUGCGGAGUUGAAAAUCCGUCAUGGGCAGAACUUCACAACUUUGUGUGGUUUCUAAACACACAACUAGUAGAUCUAGAAAACAACCAAUUCACUUCAGCAUCAGCGUCAUCAGAUUUGCCUGGAUUUGGACAAUUCGCACUUCGGUUCAUGGUGCACAUGUCAAGGGAUUUCUCUACACGUUCUUUGAAAAUCAGUGAGGCAGUUGAAGAGGAGGAUAAUAGGUCAGAAAGCGAUUACGUCGAUGCAUUCAAGAUGAGAAGAACUUGGGAAAGCAGUCCGCAUCCGUAUAUUUUCAUCAACUCCGAUCGAAUGUCGUUUACGUUCUUAGGAUUUUCAAUAAAUCGAAGGACUUAUGACUUGGAAAAUAUUAAGACGGGUUGCACGAUUGAAGGGGGAUCUAAGAUCAUAACACGACAAUUGUACGACGCUCUUAUGAGGAAUGGAGUUCAACUGCAUGAUAAAUUUGACUCACUAAACAGGUCCGAAAAACUCAUGAGACUUUGUUUUGUCAUGGGCGUUAAUGUUCCGUUCAUCAACGGGAAACCAACACCAAAUGAUCCUGAUGUUACAUACGAACUAACGACGGACAAUGUGAAGAAAAUGCUGGCAAUUUACAUGCGUUUCAGAUGCAACAUUCCUGUGAUAGUUAUGGGGGAGACAGGUUGUGGCAAAACAAGGUUGAUCGAAUUUUUGUGUAAGCUACAACGACCCCUGGAUUCAGUGAUACAGAACAUGAUUAUAAUAAAGAUUCAUGGAGGAACAACUGCUGGAGCCAUUGCAAAGAAAGUGGAAUUUGCCCAAAAAAUAGCUCAAGCCAACUUGACAAAAUAUGGACAACAAAUGUACACAGUGAUGUUUUUUGACGAAGCGAAUACAACUGAAGCCAUAGGUGUUAUUAAGGAAAUCAUGUGUGACAGAGCAAUUGCAGGAAAUAAACUAGUCGACUGUCCGAAUUUAAAAUUUGUUGCAGCAUGCAAUCCUUACAGAAAACACUCUGAGGAUUUGAUUGAGAAGCUCGAGAAAGCAGGCCUUGGAUAUCACGUUGACGCUGAGAAAACAACGGACAAACUAGGAACAAUUCCAAUGAGGAAACUGGUCUACCGGGUGCAGCCUUUGCCAAGAAGCUUGUUACCGUUUGUUUGGGAUUUUGGUCAACUUGACUCGGUUGAUGAGGAAACCUACAUUCGACAAAUGAUCCUUCAUCGUUUGUCAAGCGAAAAUAUUCCCUUGCAAAAGCGAGACGUCGCUAUCAUAGGGAGAAUUCUCUCCGCAUGUCAGCAGUACAUGCGACAGCAAGAGGAUGAAUGCAGUUUCGUGUCACUUCGUGAUGUGGAGAGAACAUUGAAAGUGAUGGCCUGGUUUUAUGAGACUGGUCCAAAAUGCCUCUUUCGUAUGAUGAACGAACACAUAGAAAGUCAACAAAGCCCAAAUGAAGUAUUGCGUCCUCUCAGUGACAUGACGAGAUCACUUGUUUUGGCUAUUGGUGUGUGCUACCAUGCAUGUCUGACAAGUCGAGCAACAUUUCGAUCUUCAAUUGCUCAUUGCUUCAAAGAUACGUUUGCUUUAUCAAACGAUGCAGGCACAAUUAAAGCAGAAAUAGACGCGUGUCAGUUUGUCUUCGCUGACAACAUCGAGGUAGCAGACAACAUUGCAAAAAACACAGCACUGAAGGAAAACUUUUUUAUGAUGGUAGUUUGCACAGAAUUGAGAAUACCUUUGUUCAUUGUUGGGAAGCCAGGUAGUUCAAAGUCACUAGCACGUAUCAUUGUAGACGAUGCAAUGCAAGGCGACAGUUCAAAGUGUUGCCUAUUCAAAAUCAUGAAAAAGGUACAGAUGAUAUCAUUUCAAUGUAGCCCACACUCUACCGCUGAAGGAAUAGUCGGCGUUUUCAGACAGUGUGCAUAUCUACAAAGAAACAAGGAUACUGGAAUAUUUGUUGCUACAGUGGUUCUAGACGAAAUUGGGUUGGCAGAAGACAGUCCAAGAAUGCCGUUGAAAACACUACAUGCGUUGCUCGAGGAAGGGUGUGAAGAUGAAGAUAUUUCGCCACAUGAGCGAAAGGUUGGUUUUAUCGGCAUAUCCAACUGGGCUCUUGAUCCAGCAAAGAUGAACAGAGGACUUCUGGUACAAAGAGCUGUUCCAGAUAUUGUCGAGCUCAAGGCAACUGCAAGGGGCAUUUGUAUGAACAAUGAAGAAACCGAGCAACUGUUGCUACCAAUAGUAGAACCGUUAGCUGAAUCAUACCUGGUCGUCUUUCAGAGAGCAUCUGAAUGCUUACGAGAGUUCUUUGGUCUGCGCGACUUCUACAGUCUCAUUAAAAUGGUAAACAGUUUUGUGGAAAAGACAAAGAAAAGACCAACAUGGCCUCAACUGUUGUACUGCAUAAAGCGUAAUUUCGGUGGAUUGGACAGAUUUGAUCCAGUCGAACCAUUCCAAAAAAGGAUUGCACAUGUUACUUUCAUUUCUUACCAUAAGGAUGAGAGUGGCGAGGAAGUUGACAAUACAGCGGCUGGUUUGAUAAGAGCUUGCCUGUUUGGAGACGAACGCGUCAAAGUAGACAGUAGAUAUCUUCUGCUGUUGACUGAAAACUUUGGAGCUUUGACAAUAAUUCAACAGCAGUUGUUCUCAGACAAAACGGGCAAAGAACGUCCUGAAAUCAUAUUUGGAAGUAGUUUCAAAAGUGACCAAAAGUAUACACAGGUAUGUCGGAACAUCAACAAAAUAAAGGUUUGCAUGGAAACGGGGAAAACGGUUAUUCUACUGAACCUAGAGAACCUCUAUGAGAGUCUUUACGACGCACUUAACCAGUACUACGUUCGCUUCGGCGGAGAACGUUUCGUAGACAUUGGACUAGGAACACACAGAGUUAAAUGCCCCGUGCAUAUUAAGUUUAGACUGAUAGUUGUUGCUGAAACUAAAACGGUUUACAAAACAUUUCCCAUUCCAUUAAUCAAUCGUCUGGAGAAACAUUUUCUCAGCUACAACACAAUGCUGACAGACAAACAGAGAAAAAUAGUUGUUCAAUUAAAUGAUUGGGCAAGGGAUUUUGUCACUGAAGACAGACAGUCAAAAGGAAAAAUACCAGAAAAAAAGAAUCUAGGUGACGUCUUCAUAGGAUUUCAUCCCGAUACAUGCUCUGCUAUUACAUUGGAUCUGUGUGGGAGGUUCCAACACGAGCAAGAAUAUCAGCUUUUGGAGCGUGGAAAGAGGAUUUUGCUCUGGUGUGCCAUACCAGAGAGUCUUGUGCGUAGACCUGAGAUUGAGGUCGAAGUCUACAAUAUUGAACAACAGCACGAGAGCCUGGAAGAUUACUUAGAAAUCAAUGUGAAAAAAGGAAAUGAUGCCCCUCUGCUGGCACAGAUAACAACACAUUCAAAGCUACUUGCUGGUGUACACAAACCACUUCUUAGUAGCUCAAGUGGAAUUCCUAUAGAGAAUAUUCUUUUGCUCGAAUCUCUUCCUGCAUUUGACACCGAACAGCAAUUUUCGUCCAGGAUUAAACAACAUAUGGUACAGAACGUGGAUGGAAAUCAGGGUAUGAUAGUUAUACAGUGUGACUCAGGUGAUCAGAAUGAAACAUUGAUCGCAAGUGCACGGUACUGUAUUCUUGCUGCCAUGAAAUCAAUGACAAACGUACAUGUCGUAUUUAUUGUUCAGUUGCCAAGAAAAAGUGGUGGAUGCUUCGGUGGUUUCCAGAGUGGGAUUUGGCAUUCUGCUCACAUUGACGAACUUUACUGUGAAGAGCAAACCAACUUGUAUUUGCGAGAAAUGCAAGGGAAAACUCUGAGCGAAAUAUUCCGAAUAGGACUCGGACGAUCUACCACUCUAGCAUCUGUUGAAAGAACGAUUCCAGUGGAAAAGAUAAGACAGAUUUUGAUUGCCUGUGUCCACUCAUCAUUGUCAGUCGUAAAAGAUGUAACUGGAAAUCGAGAAACGGAAAGACUAGAUAUCGUGCUGAAAUGCCUGCGUCGAAAUGAAAUAUGUGGUCAAGAACGAUAUAUAUUUGUUGACGGGCUUAUUGGCAUUGUAUCAAAACGCCUGAAAUAUUUAGAGAGAGAUCCAAUCAAGGCUAAAAGAUGGACAACAUAUGAUUCUGCACAAACGAAAUCAAUUUCUAAGGCAGGAACAUUUCGCCGGGCCUGUUUGCAAACAUUAAUGGAAAAGGUGUCGCCAAUAGUUGCACAUAGUAUUGCUUUUCUUGAUACUGACAAGCAAUUAGACCUGCUGUAUGACGGAGAAGACUGGAAGCAAAUGCUUUGGUUAAGAGUGCUGAAUACAGCAGAUGCACUCAACAUACAGAUUGUGUGUGAGUGUAUUGAGGAAAAGGCCUGUCAACUCGUCUCGAAAACUGGGAACAAGGGACUCAUUACAGAAGUUCUGAUUAGCGUUCAUCUUGCGCUGCGGGAAAUCGACGAACAUCUUGCAAACUUUAGAUCCAUCAAUGCGCUUUGGCCGAAAUGCGGCUCAUUUUUGCAGAGUUUCAAGCAGGAUAAAACGUUUUCCAAAUCAGCGGACGGUUACCUGUUGCAUGCUUUGCAUGGCCUGAUCGAUACACUGAAACCAUCGGUUGCUGAUAUUUCAAACAAGGAAGCAAUGUGGCUAACAAGCGUACAUCAAGCCCGCCCAGUUGUUGAAAUGACGUUCAGCCACAUUUACAAAACAAUUCAACUAGAUAUCCAAGAAAACACAGACUUGUUACGAAACUCAAGUAAAGGUAACUGCUGCUGUAAGUGCGAACGAAAGAUUAAAGAACCACCAGUGGAGUUUCCAUGCAAACAUUUACUGUGUGAUGAAUGUUAUGAAACAAAGUUCUUGCUCUUGGAGCAAAGAACGUGUUUAGGCUGCAGGGAGGUUGUACAAAAUGAAUGGCAACCAGAUAAAUCAGCAGAAAAUUGGACUGCAAAGAUUAAGUUCAACAGAUAUCAGCAAUGUUGUAACGCGUUUUACAUGGGACUGGUGUCACAAAUCUGCUUUGAUGAUCAGGGUCCUCCGUCAGAUGAAGUCAUCGACAGGUUGUUGUCAUACACGUUUUCAACCUCGGACGAUAAGAAACACUUCACAAGGGAUAUUACUAUUUUUGAUACAGGUGUUGACCCAAAUCCAGUUUUCCGGACCUACUUGCUGCAGAUGUUGAUUAGAUCCAGCUGUGGAACAUUUUACAGGCUAUCAAAUAAGUUCUUUGAUAAAGCAAAGGCAUGCAUUCAGAAAUCGGACGGCUGGAAUGAAAGUCUUGUCGAAAUAUUCAGUCUUGUGUGCCAGUGCAUUGAGGACGAGCUGUACCAAAACACACGCACGGAGAACAUUUUGCAGUCGUGCUUUAAGGCUCUUGAUCUAGCACAGGGAAUGUUUGAAGCAGAUGCUGCUUCCAUAAUAGCGAAACUUAUCGCGGUAGCAAAUAUGAAAUUUCUACUGAAACACAUCACUGUUGUUCUUGCAACAAGUUGUCGGACUCGGGAGGGCAAUCCUGUUGAUGAAGGUGAAGCAAACCUGCUACGGAUGACAAGGCACAUGUUAAAGAGACCUGAAGCGGUUCUUCCAAGGUAA